GAACAAUAAGACUUUAUGUUAGUGCUGUCCAAGUGGCCACAGUGUGUUCCCCCAACUCUUCAGGCAGACUGCAGGAGCAAUGCUACCAUUGUGGCAAUAUAUGUAUUCUGCAGUAACAACUGUUAUUCUUUUAGUUCUCCAUAUAAUUUACUUACGCAGACUUUCUUGGAAUCCUUCUAUCUCACUAUAUUCUGCCUGCCUUGCUGUGCUCUGCUCUGCUCUAACCUGACUGUGUAUUCUAUACUCUUUCUGCCUAUUGCAAAUAGGUUUUUCCCUGCGAUUAGCAUUUUUCUCGGGAUUGUUCUGCUAUUUAGAAAAUCAAUCUGCUUUCUAUCUAUUGUUUGUAUAUUUCAGACAGACAACGUGUUGAUGAAGUUGCGAAACAGACCUGAGGUUAUUAAUGCUGGAUGGUCCUUUCCAUUUGUUCCAACUCAAAAAAGGAAGAGAGAGCACACACAGGAAACAAGCAGUGAAUCCAGCAGCUCGCAAGAUGAAUCAGGUUCAGAAACAAGUACUGACGCAGAUGAAAAAGAGCCUGACCCAAGUCGUAUAGGAAAUAUAUCAUGGUGUGAAUGCGGAACAUGUGCCUCAAUGCCAACAGAAAUAGAAAGCCUAUGCUGUUUUGAGGAGCCCAGGAUACACAAUAACAUUCCUGAUACUGCCUUCUGCAUUACAGACCAUGAUGAUUUCAAUGGGAAGUGCCUUGAUCCUGUGAAUGUAGCUCAUUACUAUCGCCUGAUAAAUGUAAAAAAAAGAAAGAAUCCAAAACAUUCUGUGUAUCAGAGGGGGUUGCGCAAAGCUGCAUAUCGUAGUUUCACUGCUUGGAUGUAUGGCUAUUUGGGAGGCAAUAACAGAAAACCAAUACCCUCCUGCGUUGUGAACAAGAUAAGGGAAUCAUUUCCUGAUCCAAAUGGAAGAUAUACUGGCUUCUUGUAUCCUCAUGACUAUUUUGCAGAAUGUAUGGCUCUAGAUUAGUCUUGUGACAUUAGCCAUAAUAAUUUGUUGAUGUUGAAAUGCACAGAAUGGAUAAAAAAGUUUUUUUAAAUAAUGGAGUUUACAAUCCUUUGUUUAAUACAACAACAUUGCAAUCAAUAGUUAUCAACAGUUUACUUUAAACAAUU